GACAGUUCAUCGUGUGUUUUGACUGUGAAAAAAGUGUGUGGUAAUUGCAAGAGAAAAAUUAUCAAUUUCACAAAAAUAUCUCAACAUUUCCACGGAAUAAAAGUGCAAAAAAGUUUCCUGAAACAUCCCUCAAUCGGAUUAAAGUGAAGUUAUCCAGAAACAAUUGUGGUUUAGUUGAUUUUUCAGUGAUUUUCUCAGCUGCAUCAGUUUUCCUUGAGUGCGUUACGUAAAGAACAUUCCAAUGGGGUAGCGUCACUCUUAAAACUUUCUCAUCGCUAAAUAACAAUCGAAUUUAGUUCAAUUGUGCAAAUUUUUCACUGUCCUGCAAACCCAUGAAACUUGAGGAAGAUGCUGAGGGAUCUUAUAGCGUGGGUGUUGAACAAUUACCUGGGGAAAUACGUAGGAAAUCUCAACACAGCUCAGCUGACAAUUGCUCUACUUUCAGGCGAAGUUGAGCUUGAAAAUCUUCCUUUGCGGCGCGAUGCCUUGAGGAAUUUAGGGCUUCCCCUGCAGGCCCUGAGUGGCUCAGUGGGCAAGAUCAAGUUGCAGGUGCCCGUGCGUCAGUUCUGGACGGCACCCUGGCGCAUCUACAUUGAGAAAGUCAAUGUGGUAGUGGGUCCUGUGAAUCUCGAGGAAUGGGACGCUGAAGCUGAAGAACAAGCUGAUGUGGACUUUAAAGUGGCCAGGUUAGAUCGGUUGGAGGCAAAGUGGAGGGCAGCCAGAGAGGCAUCGAUUGAAGGUAGUGGUUACUAUGCUUCAUCCUAUUCGGGUUGGAUGAAUUUUGGGACGUCACUGGUGACGAAUAUUGUGGAGAAUCUUCAGCUGAAGAUCAGUGAUGUUCAUAUUCGCUAUGAGGAUUCGAUCACUGUGCCAAAUCACAGAUUUGCAUGCGGCAUCACAGUUGAGUGGCUUUCUGCUCAGAGUUGUGACUCCAACUGGCAGCCUGGAUUUACCAGUAGUCAGAACACAGCCUCAUUCAAACUCCUGGAACUUCAGGCAUUGUCUCUCUACUGGGACAAAUUGGACAGUCACGAGACUUUUGGGGAGGUGCCUUCCAGCGAUUUGGCGAAUGCCAUGGAAAAGACAAAGUUCUCCCAUCAGUACAUUGUGAGUCCCGUGAGUGCUCAGGCGAAGCUAAAGAGGGAUCGCAGUGAGACUCCUUUGAGGACAAGGAGUCGUCCUCGGUUGGUCUGUGAUUUAGUACUUGAAGAGGUGUCUCUAUCACUAAGUGAUUGGCAGUACAAUCAAAUGGUUGAAUGCAUUCGAGGAUUGGAUGAUAUCGCAAAGUAUCGGCGAUUUCAUCUUCUCAGACCAAAUCAUACGAUCCAUGAAGGACCAAAAAAUUGGUGGAUCUAUGCUGCAAGAUGCCAUGGUUUCCUAAAGACAGCGAAUUGUUUCAAGGUGGGAUAUGUGAAGGAGAAUAUGAGGUACCUGGAGAUUUACUCAAAGCUCAUAUGUAAUCCUAAUGAAGUGUUGAGUUCAGAAGAGAAAGAGCACAAAGAUCAGGUUGAAAGGAUGCGAGAAUAUGAAGAGUUGAAGUUUCUCCGGGAGAUUUGUAUGAGAAAAAUGCCCAAUCCUGAAGUGAAAGCCACAAAGGAUGCCAACCACGGAAGGAGUAUGUUGCAUCUGUGGUUUCCUCAGUGGCUGGGAUGGUAUAGUAAUGGCACAAAUGAUGCCAAAAGUCCUCAGGAUGAUUCUCAAAGUGUCGAUUCCAAUUCACAAAGUUCAAAAGAUCAACUUGAAGAUGAGAUUCUCAAUGGACUGUCAACGGGAGUUGAUACGAAUUCCGUCCUCAAGAGAGAUGCUGUUUUUGGCAAAUUUGAUUUCACACUCAAAAAGGGCACACUGGACAUUUGCAGUGGCUCUCCCGGAGCAGAAUCCCGACCGAUGGUUCAGUUUCUCUUUGAGAAUCUCAUUCUUUUUGUGGAAUCACGUCCGAGAUCUGCUUCACAUUUGGUGGGAUUGUCAUUGGGUUCAGUGCAUCUAAAAGACCGAAUUACGGUCAAUACGGAGUUUCUGGAUGUCAUAAGGCCACAGGUGAAGGAGGAGCCGGGAAUUAAGUUGAGGCAGCAGCAGCAACAGCCAAAAAGAACACUCUCGAAUAUUUUCAGUGGAACUUCGACACCCCAACCGACACCUCCGGCUCCCGCGGAACCAUUAUUCAUGCUGCAAUAUGAGAGGAAGCCACUGAGUUAUUCUGCGGAUUAUAGGCUGUUUGUCAAGUCACAAAGUCUGGAUAUUGUCUACAAUACUGGAGUUGUGAAGUGGAUAGUAGAUUUUGUGGCAAAGCCACAUCAACUGCUUGGUGCCCGAAGAAAGCUUGAAGCCAUGAAAAAUCGCACAAAGAAGGAAUUGAUAAAGAACUGGGAGAAUAUUCUGGAGGGUGAUUUGAAGAAGCGUAAAACAUGGAUUUUUGAGAUUGACAUUUCAGCACCGCAGAUCAUUGUGGUGGAGAAUUUUGCCAAUAAGAAUGGAACAAUUGUUGUAGUUGACUUUGGUCGACUGCAGCUGACAAAUAAACCGAGUCAACCGAGUGGGAAGGAGACGAGAAGUACCUCAAUUGCUGAGACUGUGUCCUCUGAACUGGCACAUCGUGACAGUGAAGAUGAAGAUGCCUUCAUGACACCUUGUUCAACGCCACCGGGAUCACAUGCAAGUGUCUCGGAUUCUCCGACGUUGGUAUCUGCCCUUGGGGAAGUGCCAACGAGUGGAAGUGGAUCCUUGGAGAUGGGAUUCAAUGAAGGUGAAUUGCAGAAUAGAAUUUACGACAAGUACAACAUUGACCUUACGGAUUUGCAAGUUCUUGUGUGUAAGACAAAAGAUGGCUGGGCGAGUGCAAGUGGUAAGGGAACUUCUAAUCUUCAUGUUCUGGACAGAUUUAGCAUUGCUCUUCAGCUGGAACGAAGAGUUGUGUACACUGCUGAUCCUCAGUAUCCGAGUCUAAAGCUUUCCGGGAGUCUCCCGAAGCUCGUGGUGCAUGUAAAUGAGGCUAAAAUUGUCGCUCUGAGAAAUAUGCUGAGCAUCAUUUAUGGCGAUUCUGCAAAUUCUCCGUCAACUCCUCCAGUUGAAAAUAUGGCACUUUUGCCUGAAGAAGUGUCAUCGGAUGUGUCCACGGACGAAGAGGACAGUCAGAGGGAGGCUACAAAGCUCAUCGUUCUGCAGUUUGCCAUUGAUCAAAUGGUGCUGGAAGUUCAGAGUCAUGGCAGGGGCAUUGCGGAAUUGCAAGUGUCUGGAGUGAAGGCUGGAUUUAGCAAGAGGUCAGCGGAGACAAAUGUCACGCUCUCAGUCCAUGGACUAUUGCUCGUGGAUGCAAUUCAGUCAUUUGGUCCGGAUUUUGAGCUACUAAUUGCUAGUCAUAGGCAUGUUGGCAUUGAUAGUGUCUCAGGGAGUUUGAAGCAGAGUGAACCGUGUUCUCCAAUGUCUCCUGGGAGUCCGGAUCCUUCACAAGAUCCAAAAAGACCAACAAGUCCUCAUACCAUUUCGAAGGCUCUUAAUUCGUUGCAGAGAGCAAAUUCUUCUGUUUGGUCCAUUGCUGACGAUUUAGACGCCCUUAUUGUUGUGGAUAUCCUCUUUGUCAAUUCCGAUGAUGAUUCUGAACAGCUUCAGAUUGCAAAUAUUCAAUUCAACAAUUUGGACAUAAUUGCCAAUCAAGAGACAAUUGUGGAACUAAUUGGCUUCUUUAAGGGUGUAAUGCCCAAGAGUCAGUCAAAAACUACCUCAGCUUUUGACGAAGUGAUCCCAAGUGCUGAGAGCACGAAAGAAACUGUGCAGGAAAUAGGGGCAAAGAGUAUAAGGACAGAGAUCACUUUUGAUUUUCACAGAUUGAAUGUUUUAGUCCUGAGGGCACUGUUGAGGGACAAUUACAUGGUUGGGAGGAAAGUGGGAACUUUUACGAUGAGUGAAGCGAGAAUUCGUGCAACUCUAGGAAAAACUGUGACAGUGGAGGGUUCUUUGGGGGGUUUGCAAGUGUUGGAUUUGACUCCUGAAGGUGUCAAUCAUCAGAGAAUUUUGUCAGUGGGAAAGGAUCCACUGACAGAAGAAACUUCUCCGAAGAACAAGGAUCUUCUGAGUUCUCUCUCUGAAGAGGUGUACACGAUGGGCAGAGAAAAGCAGGAGGAAGAUUCCCAACCGGAUGACACCCAAGCUUUGUCAUUUGUUGUCUACAGAAAUGAAUCUUCGUGUGUUGAAAUUAAGAUCAGGAUGGCGUCUGUGUGGUAUACUCACUGUGCGAGGUUUAUGCAAGAACUGAGCUGGUGUGCGACGGAAUUCAAGCAUUAUCUGAAAAAUCUUGCCAGAAGUAUCCGUGAGAAGGCCACUGACAUGGCUUUGGGACUCGUUCAGCAGAUUGAUCAGGGAGAGAAUUCAGUGAAGACAGCUAAAGACAAAGUAGACAUCAAGUUGGAUGUUGUCCUGGAUACUCCAGUUCUUGUAGUUCCCAGAUCCAGUUGUAGUCAACAGGUUUUUGUAGCCCAUUUGGGAAAGAUCUCCGUUAGCAAUUCCUCCAGGGGCUCCUCAUCUGAACAAGAUGACAAACCCAGAGUGAAUGAAAUACCUCAUAUGCACAAGAAUGAUAGUACCAUUUUUACAAUCAGUGAAGAGAUUGAUGAGGCUGAACAAUUUAAUUUUGAUGACAAUACCUUUCAAAUGGAUGACAUUGAGGAAGAAAUUAAGUCUCCGGUCAGGAAGGAAACUGUCAGAGAUGAGAGAAAUACGUAUAUAAUUGAUAUCCGGAAUAUGAAUUUAUUUUCACUGGACACAAAUAAUAGGAAAAAGAGUCUGUGCAGGAAUAGGGCUCUUCCGCGUGCUGAAGAAUUUUAUUCAUGUCAAGAAGAUGGUGUAGCUAUUUUGCAUGAUACAGCCAUCAGACUUGACAUCACAAAGGUCACAGAGAGUUGGACGGAGAAGACAAUCAAAGGGCAAAUGGAUAAUUGUGAUACUUUGGCGAUUAAUGGGAGUGUUGUAAAACCUCUGCAUUUGUCCUUGACUAGGCAUCAGUAUGAACAACUCUUGGAGACUUUUGAUAAUAUUUUCAAGGUGCCCAGUGAAUUGAUUAGACCACCGACAAGUGUCCCUGAGCAGGAGGGUCUUGAAGAAGGUGCAGAGGAAGAAUUGCCAGAAGAAGAUUCUGCAGGUCCCAAAAUUCCCCGAAGGCUUUUCAAUCAGCCGAGUUUGAGUGACAAACGCAACCAAAUUGAACCUAAAGUCUCAUUUGAAUUGCCAACUUUUGUCAUUCAACUGAAAAAUGAUUGCAAUCGACCUUUGAUAGAAAUCUCCUUUAGAGACUUCAAUGUUCAGUAUGAGAAGAAUAAUAUCUUCGAAACUAGCAUCCAAGUGUCUCUGAGGUCACUCUUGAUGGAGGAUCUGCUGCAACCAAGUGAUAGCAAAAAUCGAACAAUGGUCAUUUCAUCGUCUCCAGACACACAAAAUCUUCGUCCUGGAAGUGCUUUUUCCUCGAGAUCUUGCCCAAAUCUCGCUGGUUUGGCUGUUUUUGGGGCAGAUGUUACGGGAUCUCUUCCGGAGAAUCUCGAAGGUCGAGCAGGAUUUGCAGGAAUGGCACAGACAAAGUCUAAUUGUCCUCAAACUCCGCCACCUUCGCCACAACCAAGAGAUCGACAAGACAAUUUAGUUCUUUAUUCAUCACUUAUUGUUGAUCCUGAUUGUCCUAAUUUUGCCACGCAAUACAAUUCCCUGAAGCAAUCCAGUUCGAUUGACUUCAACAGUUUGGACUUGGUGAUAUCUGUGCAGAGUUGGUACGUGCUGCUGAACUUCUUUGGGCUCCUUCAGGACGAUGAAUCAGAUGGAGUGUCUUCUAGUGUUUCAAAUACAGAUCUUCAAGAGCAACUUGUUGAUCAAAACAAAAAUUCAGGAGACACAGAAUUGAAUAUUACAGUGAGAUCACUAACAGUAGUCCUUCUGGCUCCUGACUAUGAGAUCGCUAAAGCCAAUGUAUCCAAUGCAAAGUUAGUUGUGGCCAAAAGUAACAUUACCAAGACUGUUGAAGGUCACUUAGGAUCAAUGUCUCUUUACGAUUUAACACAACAUGGUAAAAUUUACCGAGAACGCUUUGUGACGAGUGGCAAUGAAGCCCUGAAUUUUACCUAUUUGCGUGACAAAGUGAAGUGCAAUAAGAGAACUUUGGACUAUGAUGCCAGAUUGAAGAUUCACAUGGCUUCAGUGAGAUAUGUUCACACUAAGAGAUUUGUAAUGGAGAUUCAGGCAUUUUUCCAGGCAUUUUCCCAAUUGCAACAGCCUGUAAUGAAGAAAAUUAAGCCAUCAGAGUCUAAACAAAAUCUCCAUCAGAGACCCAUUCAAUUGGGAUUGGAGAUCAAGGCUGAAAGUCCAAUAAUUUUGCUUCCAAUGAGUUCUCGAAGCGCUAAAGUGAUUGUGUCGGAUCUGGGAGAAUUUUCUCUUCGGAAUGCCUUUAGAUGGUCCACAGACAAGUCUGUGAUUAGUGUCCAGAAGAGAAAUAUUGAUGAGUCUACGGGGAAACCUUUGAGUGAGAUUUUGGACGUGAUGUCUGUAAAUUUGGUCAAUACCAAUUUAUUCGCGGGAUCUCGUUCAGAGAAAACUGAAGGAUCAUCGAUCCCUGAUGAUCUUUGCCUGGACAUGGGGGGUUAUCGAAUUAUUAAAGAAGGACCUAGUUUGCUGAAGAAUAAGUGUCACUUGUCUCUGCAAGUUGAGCGCAACAUGGAUUCCUGGAGGAGUCAUAAUGUUCCAGAUUUCAGUGUUCAAGGAACUCUGUCAAAAUUGGAAGCUGUCCUUGAUCUUGAGCAGUACAAAUUGGUCAGAGGAUUUCUCAGUUACAAUUUGGGAGAGCCAACUGAUGAUUUGUAUUUGGAACCAGCUACGAUCACUGAAUCUUUAAUCAACCUAUCCACGGAUCACCAUCAACAGGAACAUCGUCAGGUUUGGACUAAUAUGUCCAUCACACUCGAUCUUCAAGGAGUCCUUGUAAAACUUCAAAUGCCUAAAAGUGCUCCUGAAGCCUUUCCAUUGGCUUCUUUGGCCACAAAUAGAGGUUUUGAGGAUAUACUUUUGAGUGAAAAGGAUAAUUUUCUCGCUUGCAUUAACUUUAUUAAAUCUUCAUUGAAAAUUGAUUCAUUUAGCGAUGGAUCUCAGGAUAUUGAUUUAGUAUCUCAGGAAAUUCUCGUUACCGAUUCUCGCACACAAUUUACAGCACCCAGAAAUGUUUUUACAAAUAUCCUAGCACCAACAAGUUCAAAGUUAAAUGAAGAUUCUGUUCAGGCUGAGGUUCACAGUCGUCGCCGGCAGGAUUGUUCAAAGUACACAAUUUUGUUGAAUAAUAUGAGAUUGAUGGCAAUUUUGGAUUGGUUGGAGAAUAUCAGGGAUUUCCUGUCACAAUCUGAAGAGCCUCCAAAAGAGUUAACAGUUCCUAAGGUACUUCAAAGUGACUUUGACAGUCCUAAUGUGCAGAAUAUUGAUGAUUCACUGGAAUUAGUGUUGAAUAUUACAAAUUCUGAAUUGGUUUUUGUUGAAAAUACCGAUCAAUGGGAUACAAAUGCUGUAAUCCUGAAGAGUACUACCAUUGUAUCUUUUCGUCCGAGUGAAUUGAGCAAAGUUAUGUCACUAAAUCUCAAUAAUCUCGAAGUGUUUUCUUGCACUUUGGAUGCAGAAGAUACCACGGCUUUGUCAAUCAUUGAUCCCGUGACGAUUAAUUUGGAUAUCAGAAAGGGUGUCCUGGAUAUUCAAUUGCAAAAGAGAUUGUGUAUCCGAUUGUCGUAUCAUGAUGUAAAGAUGUUUACAAAGAUGCUGCAGAGUCUUCCGAAGCAGACAAAACAUGCGAGAUCGGGCAAAGAGGAAGGAGGAGGAGGAUCAUUAGAUGUCGAAGCUGCCAUUAAGAAUUUGACUGCUUUGGGCUUUAAGAGGGCAGAUUGCAUGAGAGCCCUUGAGAUUUGUCCAAAUCAGUUGGAUGAUGCAGCUUUGUGGCUUACACAGAAUGCAGAACCUCUAAAAACAAUCACAGUUCCAUCACGUGGUCCCUUGGAGAUUCAGGCUGUUGAGAUUAGGGCAACAUGUAUCAGUAUUUGUGUGAUUGAUGACUGCAAAGAUGCAGAUGUUCCUCUUUUGGAACUUUCUCUGUCUCAUUUGGAUUUGAGGCAGGAAAUGGGAGCGAGUUUUUCAGUGAGUGAAAAUUUGGGUUUCCGUGCAGGACACCUGAAAGGGGUGUUUGCCAGUGAUUACUACAAUCGCAGAUUGAGUGGAUGGGAGCCCAUUAUUGAACCGUGGAAGUGUCAGGGAGAAUGGAGUUAUAGCCUGGGGCAGAUUGGCACACAGAGAAAUCGUCUCCAUCUGCAAAUAAUCAGUGAGGAUAUGCUCAAGUUUAAUAUCACAAAUACAAUUAUUGACCUGUACCAGGUAGUCAGAGAUAAUUGGACACAAGACUACUAUGAAGGAUCCACAGGAAAUGUGCGUGGAAGUGACAAGAGUCCCAGUGGACAUCGCAGAAGGACACCUUUUGUGCCGUUUGCCCUGAAAAAUGACACUGGGAUGACUCUUUGGUUCACGACGCUCGUUUCAUCGCCAGAUGGAGUGCCCAGAAGGGAACUGCUGACUAAGAGUGAGACCCGAUGGCAAUUAGUACCUCCAGGAACUGUUCAACCUUUCUCCUUUGGGCCUCAGAACAAAUUGCGGCAUCACGAUUCCCAUAAACUCAAUCUUCAUCAGGUUGGCGUUCGUGUCGAGGGAUGGACUGAAGUGGGUCCUGUAUCUGUAGACAGAGUUGGGACAUACUUCCGACAUGCUCACCAUGAAAUUAUCUCUCCAAAUGACUCUGGGGUGGGCUCAACAGUUCGGAUAGUCUUUUCCGUGACCAUGGAGGGUUCAGCUCAGAAAUUGGUCACUGUACGAUCAUCACUGCAAGUGAUUAAUCGUUUGAGCAAUCCUGCUUUACUGAAAAUGGAACAUUUAUAUGGGCCAAAUGUUGAAAAGUGGCCGGAAACUCUGACGGCUGUGGUUGAACCUCAGAAAAUCUACAGUGUCCCCUUGAGUCAUGUGCAUGCCUUUAUCUUCUUAAAACCCCUUCCGAGUGUUGGGGAGGGUGAUGGCGAGAAGGAAUCCAGGACAAUAAGCAAUGAUUACUGGACAACUCAAGAUAGUAAAACAAUUGAAUCCAGAAGGGGACACUUUCAUCAAUUUUCAGAUAAACCUUUCCAUUGGAAGGAGUUACUGGACAAUGUGGAUGUUCAGCAGGAACUGAGGACGUGCAAGAGUAACAGGGAACGAUGGUUUCACUUUGUGGUGGCCAUUGAGAGGGAAAAGUAUCCGAUUAGGGAUGGAAAUAAUCUUCCAGGACAUUCUUUUGUCUUGUAUCCUCCGGUCAGACUUCACAAUUUACUUCCCUGUGAUUUGCUCUGGAGAGUCCCUGGAGGGAGUCACGGAAGGGUUUCUCCGUCGGAAACUGCUGCAAUUCACGAAGUCGAUCUCAGUUAUCAAAUUGAAUUGACAAUUGCUCUGGAUGGUUAUCCAGGAUCUGGGAAUAUUGCAAUACCAGCUGGAUAUUUAGGGAGUAGUGAAAUGAGACUGAAGCUAACCGAUGUAAAUCAUCGGCUACUCUUCCUCAGGGGUAGUGUUCAGGUAGAAAAGGGACAAGGUGUACAGAUAAGCAUCAGUGCACCUUUUUGGCUAGUCAAUCGUACAGGAUUGCCUCUGGUUUUCCGUCAGGAAGGAGUUAAUCAUGAGAGUUCAGGACAAUUUUCAGAACACGAACAGGCUCGUUUGGUGUCACCAUUGAUGUUCAGUUUCUCAGAUUUUGAUGCACCACCAGCUCUUACGGUCAGAUUAGGGAAGAGGUACGGCAUGAAUCCGACUUGGUGUCAGCCUUUUAAUCUUCACAAGGACACCCUCAAUAGACAGUUGAAAUCGGGCGUUUCCAAUGAAACUUUUGUCAUUGGAAUUGACGUUAGGAGAGGCAGAGGACGGUAUUCUAAGACAAGUGUUGUUUCCUUUUCGCCAAGGUUCCAGCUGUACAAUCGCAGUAGAUACAAGCUGCAGUUUGCACAGAAGUAUUUUGCAACAACGCUUUCAGAUCCUCUGGCUAAGUCCACAUUCAUUGAGGCUGUUCCGGAUUGUCAUUUACCUUUCCACUGGCCGAGAUUGGACAAAGAGCAGGAAUUGUGCGUACGAUUACCAGAUGUCCAGGAUUGCCUGUGGUCAGGAGGAGUCCCAAUUCAGGAGUCUCUGAGCGUCUACAUCAAUAUAAGGAACAUCAAUGGAGACAUGCACUUUAUCCGUUUGGAGAUUGUCCUUCAGGGUGCCACUUAUUUUCUCCUUUUCGGAGAUGCCCAAGCUCUUCCGCCGCCCAUUCGAAUUGACAACUUUUCCGAAGUGCCCAUGAAAUUUUAUCAGCCGGGUUGUAAGCAUCAAUGGAGAACGACAGUGAAAGCUCAUUCCUCAAUGGCCUAUGCUCUGGAUGAACCAACAGGAAUGCAAGCCAUUCAGGUGGAGGCUCCCGGAGGAGUUUCUCACAUUUAUCCUCUGAGAGAUAUUGCAGUUCCUCAUAAUUUGACUUACGAGAACUUCAUCUACAUCGCUUUUAGUGGGACUUUCAAGAGGACAUCGGAUGUUGGUUUGAUGCAGGAACCAUGGGAUUACGAUGUGGAAAGUCAACAAUUGGUGUUGGGAGUUGUAGAUGGGAGGGUGUUGUUGGUCAGGAAACGUCCAGGAGAUCGAUCUCAGCUUUGGCGUAUGAAUCAGGAUAAACAGUUGGAACAUGAAGGAUCAUCUCCACCAACAGAACCCGGCAAAAGGGCAACAGUUGUGCAGAGAUUCGUUUUGGAUCUCGAUGGUCCUCCGAGACCCAUGAGCUAUGUGAAUCUUGUAGUGAGACCAAUUGAUAUUCGUCGAAAGUCCACACAAACAUGGCGUUUUACGGAGGAAGGUCGCCUGAUGUGUGAACACUCAAAUAUGUGUGUUCAACCAAAAAAUGGGUUCUUUGGUCUCAGACCGGGAUCGGAAGCUGUUCUGGGGAUGAUUGUCUCUGAUACGCAUGUGAUCACUGAGAGUCUGGUGCCUCUUGAACAAGCCAUUGAACGACAGAAAAUGCGUCCUGGAUCGGGAUGUUUGUCUGUUGUUGUGACAAUGGACGGACCAAUAAGGACAGUGAGGAUCAGGGAUGUCAAUUCGAGGAGUAACAGUUGCCUGGCCAUUGAUCCAGCAUGGAAGCACGUAUCACAUAUUAUUCCUCACUUUAGUAACUCCACUGGUGGAAGUGACAGUCCAGACAAGACUCCCAUCGAAGAAUUCCAUAUCUACCUUAAAUUACUCAAAGGCAUUGGAAUAUCCGUGGUUUCGAGGCAACCAUGUGAGGAACUUGCCUUUUUCUCUCUCGAAAAUAUCACACUCGAAGCAGUUGCUACUCCCUCAGUACGAUCACUUGAUCUCAGUGUUGAUGAUGUCCAAGUGGACAAUCAACUAUUAGAGACACCCUGUCCAGUUGCUCUAUUUACCCUCAAACCCGCUUCGACUGAUUCUCCGCAACGCAAUAAGCUUUCAGCUCUGCAAUUGACUGCAAAAAUGCUUCCAAGUCCAAAUGCAAAUGCUGUUAUUUUUGAGCACUUGAUCCUAAGUUUGAGGCCCAUGUCGAUAUACCUGGAAGAGCGAUUGAUGCUGCGAAUGGCAGAUUUUAUGGGUUUGGGCAGGGCUCAAGCUGAUGCAUCAGCUUUAUCCGAUGAAUCGGAUUAUGAGGCCCAUCGAGUGGCAACACAAUUAAUGGCUGCUAAUGUUAAACGUUACUAUUUUGGUGAUUUGCAAAUUGUUGUGAGUCAAAAUCGACUUAGUGUGAUUACAGCAACCAAAUUAACUCCAAAAAUGAUGGAGACAAAGCGGCAUCUGGGUUUGACACUAAUUAAAUUUGAGGAUGCAAUAAUUGAAUUUGAAAAAUUCACAGAUAAACAUCAUUUUGAGACAUUGGAAGUUUAUCUGUCGGCCAUAAAGUCACACUAUAAGAAAGAACUGAAAUGGCAAGCAGGAUCAAUUCUGGGAAGUGUUGACUUCCUGGGGAAUCCUUUGGGUUUUGCCAAUGAUGUUUCUGAGGGAGUUUCUGGGUUGAUUUUCGAAGGAUCUGUUAAAAGUCUCGUGAAGAAUGUGACUCAUGGCAUUUCAAAUUCAACUGCUAAACUGACAGAAACUCUGUCUGAUGGAUUGGGACGAGUAGUUCUGGAUGAGGAAGAUACAGAAGCUCGUCAGAGAAUUCUAAAUGUCGCCACGACUACCAAUUCAACAGAUCAUCUUGUUGCUGGUCUCAAAGGUUUGGGAUUUGGUCUGUUGGGUGGUGUUACGAGUAUAGUCAAGCAUACGUAUUCUGGGGUUCAGGCGGAUGGAUUUCAGGGACUUAUUGCUGGAUUUGGGAUGGGCCUGGUUGGAACGGUAACGAAGCCAGUGAUUGGAAUGUUAGAUCUGGCUUCGGAAACUGCCAAUGCGGUCAGGGAGACCAGUAAAAGUUCAAAUAGGCAGAUGCCGGAUAGAAAGCGGCUUCCAAGAUGUGUUACAGGUGCUCCUGGAAGUCUCCUGCCACCAUACUCAUAUACUCAGGGCAAGGGUCAGAAUAUCCUUUACAUGUUGAACAAGAGGAACUUUUCUGAGCAAUUAAUGGCAUAUGAACCUUGUCUGUUUGACGGGGAGGACUCCAAGUUGGAACUUUUGGUGUCAAUGGAGAAUGUUUGGGUGUUUUCCAGGACAGAAGACGCUACAGCUAUUAUAUUCACCUACCAUUUGAGUGAUUUACUCUCUUGUCAUCCUGUCUCGGUGAACGCCGAGUCCAGUCAUCAUAAGUCAAAGAAGAUCCAGCAGAAUCACUAUAUCGAACUGGGUCUGACUGUCACAACGAAGAGCCCCACGAUGUCCACGGUUCAAGAGAAUGUUAAAAGACCACGCGUUCGAUGUCAGUCCGAGGACAUGGCUCAGAGAGCAUCGAGACAUAUCAACUAUGCUAAAGGAAUCUACGACGAACGUGAACAAACACUUUAUUCCGAUUCUGUGAUGGACUAAAAAGUAACAAAACUAAUUCACCAAAAAAAUCACGACUAAUGCAAAAAAAACUUUUUUUUAUUAAUUAAAAAAAUAAUUAUUCUAAUUUAUAUUAGGUAAUUAGAUUAGUAAAAUAUUCUUAUGACUUUACUACUUCUGAUGACUUUUUCACCUUUUAUUGUGAUUACGUAGUUUUCUGAAGCUUCCAAUUGUUUUUUUUCCUUGAAAGAAAUUAUUAGCAUCGAACAAUAAAUGACCAAAAAAAAGUGUUAACCAAAAUGGGUGGAAAUUGAUCAUUGUAAUUAUUUUGUUAUAUAUAUGUGGAAGGAAAUGAUUGUGUCCCUAAAUUGUAUUCUUUACACUUUUGUUUGUACAUGGAUUUUUUAUAUGACUAAAAGUAAUUUGUUUUUUUUUUUUUCAUUUUGUAAAGAUUUUUGAACUGUAGGAUAGAAAAAAAAAGAAAUUGCUGAAAGAAAUUACACAACUACCAAAGACUGUAAUUUGUAUUUAAGGAGAAAUGAAUUUUAUUGAAAGUUGUGGAUGAAAAAUAAAAUAUUUAAAGAAUGCAGAAGA